AUGGAGAGUCGCACAGGUGUGAAAGAACCGAAAAGGCCACUUGUCUGGAGCUCGAGUCACCAAAAGGGCACUUUGUUUCAAUCCUGGUUCCGGUUCUUGCUCAUACUUUCUUUGGUGUUCUUCGUUUUGUUUUACACCAUGUCCAGCCGCUCUCUGUCAUUGUGGGAGAACGUUUCACUCUCUCAGCACUUCCAGAGGUUUUUCAACCAAACCCAUCAAGUUAUUAAACCGGCUUAUCAUGCCGAUCCAAAACACAGGAAUGCUGUAAAUGAACGACCUGUGGGUGUGCAAUAUCACAACACCUAUCCACGCAACUACCAUUUUAUUAUAGAUAAUCCAGAGGCAUGCAAAGACAAGACCCCUUUCCUGGUCCUAAUGGUUCCAGUGGAGCCAAAAAAUGUAGCAGCUCGGAAUGCAAUCCGGCAGACGUGGGGCAACGAAAGUCUGGUGCAGGGUGAGGUGGUAGUCACUCUGUUCAUGUUGGGUUUAUCUGAAGGAACUGAUCUUGAAAAGAUCCGACAGGAGAAUCUAGAGCACCACGACCUGAUCCUGAGUGACUUCAGUGACACAUACCUCAAUCUGACCAUCAAAACCAUGGUGAUCAUGGACUGGUUGGCCACACGCUGCUCUACAGCUGCCUAUGCCAUGAAGGUUGACUCAGACUUGUUCCUGAACAUUGACAAUCUCAUGCUCAUGCUACAGAAGCCUGAAAUACCGAAGCAGAACUACCUGACAGGGAUGCUAAUGUGGGACAGGCCAGUUGUCCGUUCAAAGAACUCAAAGUGGUAUGUCUCUGAGGAGUCGUACCCGGAGCCUGUGUACCCGACCUACACUCUGGGAAUGGGUUACAUCUUUUCCAAUGAUCUUCCAGAGAAAUUUGUGGAGGUCUCCAAAUCAGUCAAACCCUUUAACAUAGAGGACGCUUACAUCGGAAUGUGCAUGAAGAAGCUAGGACUCAAACCUACAUCACCUCCAAACCCCUCCCAGUUCAGAGCCUAUAACACAAAAUAUAAUCGCUGUGAAUACUCAAAGAUCAUCACCUACAUUCUUGGUUCUUCAAAAGAGUUGGUGGACUAUUGGACAGACCUCAAGAAGCCUGGACCUCCUUGUUAAGACAAGCAUUUAAGAUGUAUGGUGGCAGGGAUUCAGUGUGGGGUUGACGGUCUUGGGGAUGCCUGUUGGUAAAGAAACUAAAGUGCUGCACUGUACAAAUGGUAAAAGGAAAUUUUAUUUUUUUACUUGUAUUUAAUGUCAUUAUGUGUCAGAAAUAUUUAUUCAUCCUGAUUUUUCAUGGAAACUGGAAAUGUGAAUGAAAAAGUUAAUUUGCACUGGGUUGCUUAGAAACACUGUAUCUUUCUGCAAACUGAAGGGUGCAGGAAUGGUGCAUCACCUUGGCUCUUUCUUCAAGGGACACAGGACAUUUUGAGGGUGAAUGUUGAACUUUCUUUGUUACAAUGAACUAAGAAUCACUACUGUCAGAAAGAUUAUCUUUCAUAUGAUGUAAUUGUUCUAUUUAAAUUAAUCAAUUAAAGAGACUAUUUAAUGAG